AUCGCCUCCGAUCAAGUGCAGUAGUCGGCGCUUGAUUGAAACCUCGAAUCUUCCUUCAUUCAGUCUCGACUUUUGAGGUGUCUCUUUACCAACUUCAUCAGGAUGAAGUUCUACGUUCUGUGCACCCUUUUGGCCUUGGCCACAGCCCAGCCAGCCAAAACUGACUUUUGGAAAGGCACCAGCAUGGAUACGAUGGUGGACCAGAUGAAAAGUGACUGUGCCCAGAAGAACGACGAGAUUUCGUGCAUGAAAUUCAAGGUCCUCAAUCUUCUGGAUCAGAUCUUCCGCAAGGACAGCUUUAAGGUAUCAGAGACCGUCGAGGUGACACGCAACUCCUACCCCGUCGAGGAAGUGUCUGCCCGCAGUGAAGGCUCUUUCCUCGAGACCGUCCAGUCCUACUUGGCUUCCCACGACGUUACUUUCAAGCUUCCCUUCGAGUCCUCAGUUAAAGUCAGCCCCCGUAACAUUGACGAUGACGAACUUUCUUUCAACGUGAAGUUCGGUGAAGGUCGCGCUGUCCAGGAAGCCCGUAAAUCGAAACUGAAGAAGGUCAUCAUCCCCAUCCUCGUUUUCGUCCUGUUGAAAGCGAUGACCCUCAUUCCUCUGGCCAUCGGUGUCCUGGGACUGAAGGCCUGGAACGCACUCCAGCUCUCGUUCUUCAGCUUCGUCGUUUCUGUUGGCUUGGCUAUCUUCCAGCUAUGCAAAAAGAUCGCUGCUGACGGUCACGCCGCUCCCCUCGCUGCUCAUGGACCCUGGGAGUACCAAGCUGCCCAGUACCGUGCCUUCGACGAGACCCAGGCCGUCCCCCAGGAGACCGCACAGGACCUCGCUUACGCUGGAUACGUCCAGAACUAAAUCGAUCUCAACGAACAAAAUCAACACAAUACUGUCCAUUUUGUACCAAACAAACGCACUAGUACCCAAAGACCAAAAUACUUUUGUAAAAUAUUUUUCUAUUUAUGAUAAUUUUAUUUAAUAAAUUAUUCUUGCAAA